AUGUGGGACCUGCCGGAGCACUGCCGCAGCCUGCGCAAGCUCCACCUGCGGCGCAGCGAACACUUCGACGCCGACGUCUCGCUGGAUCACAGCAGCGUGCACGCCGCCGCCGAGGUCUUCGACUGCAGUCAACAGCUUGAUAAGAAGUUAGAGGCGGUGAGCAAAUGGGACCUGACGGAGCACUGCCGCAGUCUGCGCAAGCUCCACCUGCGGCGCAGCGAACACUUCGACGCCGACGUCUCGCUGGAUCACAGCAGCGUGCACGCCGCCGCCGAGCUUGAUAAGAAGUUAGAGGCGGUGAGCAAAUGGGACCUGACGGAGCACUGCCGCAGUCUGCGCAAGCUCCACCUGCGGCGCAGCGAACACUUCGACGCCGACGUCUCGCUGGAUCACAGCAGCGUGCACGCCGCCGCCGAGCUUGAUAAGAAGCUAGAGACAGAGAGCAAGCGGGAUCUGCCGGAGCACUGCCGCAGCCUGCGCAAGCUCCACCUGCGACGCAGUGAACACUUCGACGCCGACGUCUCGCUGGAUCACAGCAGCGUGCACGCCGCCGCCGAGGUCUUCGACUGCAAUCCAAUAAUUAAAAAUCACUUGUAUUGGUCGGAGGGACUGCUCUCUACAUUCAAAGACAACUACGCCCAAGAUGCGUCUAUGGACUUCCAAUACUUUUGCAGUGCCAGAGGCUUCCUGCGACACUAUCCUGCUGCACUCUGGAGCAGCCUCUUCCAGCUACCCCUGGAGACAGACAACGUGUACGAUUGCCGACUGCGGCCGUGGUACGUGAGCGCCAACGGAGCCCCUCGCGACAUCCUCAUACUCCUCGAUGCUUCGGGCUCGAUGGACAACUCGUCCAACCAAGUCACGGCUGAAUGGUUCACCCAGACGCUGCUCAAUGCCUUGCCUGAUGAUGACCAAGUGAAUGUGCUCAGAUUCAACGUAAUUGUCAAGUCUCCGAUCAGCUGCUUUGAUGAUAAACUCGUACCGGCUGACCACGUGAACACUGCUGCGAUGAUGUCUGAGCUGAAAGAGUUGCCAUUCAAGAACGAGACCAAAAUGGACUACGUGUUGCGAUACGCAAUACGACUGCUGCAGCGGCAGAAGCCGACGGUGGACCGGCCGGUGUCUUGCCAGCAGGCCAUUGUGGUGGUCACCGACAGUCUCUAUCACAACUACACUGAACUGCUAAGAGAACUCGACCCAACUGGCCGCAUUAGACUUUUCGUAAUGUGGCUCCACGACCAGUACGGUCUCCGCGACAACACGCGGGAGUAUAGCAACUACAUCAGCUGUGACCGCGAUGGCUACUUCGCAGAGUUGCUUAGCAGCAAUGACGUCACGGAGCAAGUUAUGAAUAUCAUGCGCGUGCUGGAACGCCCGCUAGUGGCGCAGAGAAAGGAACGACUGCAAGUGUACAGCGAUGUGUACGCACAUGUUGAGGUGAGUAAGCCCAACAGUAACUACAUCAGCUGCGACCACGAUUGA